CUGGCUGCGACGGAAAUUUUUGAUUUUGGCAUGCUGCGCGUCCAAGAACCAAUUUUUCGAGAAGCCCGUGUGUGUGUGUUCUCGCGUUACUUUUUCGAAUUACAACCCGAAUAUUAUUUUAUUCCUGUAUCCUGUUUUAUUUAUGGACCUUUCAGUCUUUCAGCCAAAGCCUGAAUAUUGGUGUGGAUCGUUUUUAAUUUAUUCCAGUGGUUUGCGUUGGUCGCGCGUGGUCCGCGCAGAGAAACUGAGCCCCUGUUUGUGAUUUAUUCGCUGACUGGCGAGAAUUCGAAUGUCGCGAGACUGUUGUUCUUUGGUCAGUGGAUGUUGUUGUGCAAUACGAUUGAGUAGAUGCGUUGUCAUUGGAUUGGUCUUCCCAUCCAGGGAAAUGCAUGGUGAUUUAGAUCGCUGCAGCAAAUUUUGAAUUGGAUUCUGGAAUCACGAGCCUGCUAAUGCUAUCGACAUUUUGCCAGCACACUGACGGUGGAAUUUGGUGAUGUUAGGAUUGUUAGGAGCUGAACUAUCCGUGGAUUGAAUGUGUUUUGGAUUAUUUUGGAUGAUGAGACCGUGAAAGAUUGCAUAAUGGAAUACUUGCCAAUAUCUCUAGACCAAUUUCUAUCGAUUCGCUGAAGCGUCCCUCUUCCCCGCCUGUCGCCAUGAACCCCGCCUACUACCGCACGGCCAGCAGCCCCCACGGGGGCCACACGGCCCCUCCCCAGUCCUCCCGCGCCGAGCACCCCGGCGCGCCCGUCCCGGUGCCCUUCCCCAUGCAGAUGGCCGGCAUGGCCCUGCCCAUGGGGGUCGGCUACCCGCAGUACGCCGCCGCCGCCCAGGCGGAGAUGAUGCACCGUCUGCAGCAGGCCUCCUCCUUCGGCUUCCUCCACCCGCACCAGGCCGCCCACUUCUACCCGGGCGCCGGCUCCCCCUACCUCAACCCGGACACCUCCACCCUCCUCAUGCCGCCCGCCCGCUCCGUCAGCCCGCCGCGCCGUGCCCCGCCCGCCGCCGGCGACCGGGAGCCCCGCGACCGCUACCUCCGCACCAUCUCCCCCAACGAGUCCCGCUCCCCCGGGAUGAUCAAGUCCGGAGGGUCCGGCGGGCACCAGUACACCCGCCCGGCGUCGCCGCCCCGCCGGGAGGUGUACGCCGACGCCCGCGGCGGGUAUACGCUCAAGAAGGAGCCGGGGUAUCCGCCGCCGCAGCAGCAACGCGGGAGUGUCGAUCCCUACCUCCGCCCGGGAUCCGGCUCGGUGCUGGUCAAGCACGAGUCGGCGCCGCGGAGUAGCGCGGCGGAGUAUGCGCCGCGGUUGGAGGCCAUCUCCCCGCCGAGUGAUGAGAACAGUGAGCUGGAUAAGAAGUGCCAGGCGGUGGAGAGCGAGAUCCGGGCGCUGGAGAGUACGGUGCACACGUGCGAGAAGAAUAUCGACCAGUGGCAGGCGGAGCUGGCCGCCGCCGAGGCCAAAAAGGAGGAUUACGAACGGCAAAGGAAAUCCCAAGCGGAAACCGCCCGUCCCAACAGUCCCGAGUCGGAGGUGAACUCAGCGGAUAUGCUGCGUCGCAUCAUCGCCGAGAAUCGCCGCAUCGCGGAAUCGGAGCACGGACUGGCCGGGAAGCGGUUCGGCAUUGUGGUCACGGCGUCCACGCACAACCACCAUCCCUCCAGCUUCGUCGAUGUGGUUCUGGCAUCCAACUACCAGAAGCAGCGUGCCGGCAUCAUUCUCCGCUUGAAGAAGGACCGGCAGGCCAAGCAGAUCCGCGAGCGCUACUUGAAAGAACGCUACAAACAGCUGUCGCAGGCCUACCUCAGCCGGCUGGAGAAGACGGAAGGCAAUCCGAAAAAACGAACACGUGAAGCGAAAAUGCGGGAAUACUACGAGCGGCAGUUCCCCGAGAUCCGCAAGAAUCGCGAGGAUAAACUGCGCGAUCUGCGGAUGAACCGUGCCAAAGGCGAUCCGGAGCCCGAUCUGUCCAACCUGGACGAAAACGAUAUGGAGAAGUACUACCGCAACGCGGUGUUGGUGCCGAUGCUGCUGGACGCCAAGGACCGGUCGCGGCACUUUUACGACCGCAACCGGCUGGUGGAGAAUCCGGCCCGCGACUACAAGGAGUCGGUGUCCAACUGCUUCUGGACGCAGGAGGAGAAGGACAUCUUCAAGGACAAGUACCUGCAGCGCCCCAAGGAUUUCGGUUACAUCAGCUCCUUCUUGAAGCGGAAGAGUACGCAGGAUUGUAUACAGUAUUACUACCUCACCAAGCGCAAAGAGAAUUACAAGCAGAUGGUCAAGAAGCAGAAGGCCUUCCGGAUGCGCCGCGGCCCCAAUAAGAGGCUGCAGUCGCUGGAGGAGCCGGUGACGCCGAGCAAGAUGGCGCUGAACACUUCGCUGCUGUCCAACAGUAUUAUGGACGUGGAUGAGAAUAUUCAAGCCAUUAGUACGUCAGUUUUUUUCCGAAAUAAUUUAGCGAUUUGUAUGCUGAUGGAUGUGUUUGUCCUCGUUGUAGCCCUGACGAUUCUGUGUCCGGCGCGGAAAUGCCAAGCCGGUCGACGCGCCAUCAAGCGGCUGUUCAAGACACCCUCCGAGUUCCCCAAUUUCGCUCACACAUCACGCCGUCUCGAAUUGCCGGACACGGCGACAUCCUGCUGCAAAUACUGCAUCGCCUACAUUGAGCGACGGCUGGGCCUGGGCAAGUGGAACGACGGGGAGGUGGAGCUGCUGAAGAAGGCGCUGCUGACGCACGGCACCAACUGGACGGCGGUGUCGAAGGCGCUGGCGCCCAAGCGCGUCCGCGACUGCAUCCAGUACUACCGCGGACACGCCAUGGAGCUCGGUCUCCUGUCCCUCCCGCCGCCCGAUCUCCUGGCGCCCCAUGACGACGAAUUCUCCCCCUGGACCACCAGCUCCUCCGACGACGACGAGGACGAACCCGUCCCCAUCGACAAAGUGGCCGAUGCCAGCCCGGUGCGGCCGGACGCCGGCAACCCGCCGCUGAUCCGCUCGCACAGCGUGGACAGCAACGCCACCCUCAGCGCCGACGAGGUGGACACGGAGGAGGACACGGAGAACACCCAGCCCCCGCCCCGCCCCCUCCUGGCGCCCCCCGCGCCCCACCAAUACCUGGCCGCCUUGCCGCGCGCCGCCGCCGCCGCGCACUCCUUCAGCCCCUCGCAGCUGCCCGUGCCCGCCCACAUGGACCGUCGCCGCUCUCCCUUACCGCCUGGCCAAGCGCCCCAAGGGGGCAACGGCCCGGCCUGUGUCCGGGAUCUGAUCCACCACGCCAUCGAGAAGAAUCUGGACAAGGAUCGGCCCGGGCCGCCGUCGAAUCCGGUGGACUUUAAAAGGCAGCUGGAGUCGCAGGUGCAGAUGGUGCAUAAGGAGCAGCGGCGGGGAGGGGUGGUGGAGGGAGGGGAGGUGCCGGUGGCGGUGCUGGCGCGGACGUCGCAGAUGGUGGAUUCCGAUACGCGGAUGACGCCGCAUUUGUUGAUUCCCCGGGGGACCGGGAGGGAGAGCGCCAAAUCCCCCGGGGAGACGGAGGGCGCGCGGAGGUCACAGGCGCAGGCGUACCAGUACAGCACCCGGCAGAACCUGCUGACGGAUUUCGCCACCAGCCGGCAGCUGCACGCCGAACAAGAAGGCAAAGGUCGCGGUCCGAGCCAGCCCUCGCCCUACACCUCCGCCGCCUACGACACCCACCCGAUGCACGUGCAAAGCGCGCCGCAAGUGACGCAGCCGGAUCCCCGCUUCGUGCAGCUGUACUCGCCGUACGUCGCCUACCUGCCGCCCGGAGGGGGGCUGCCGUAUAACAUGGUCACGCCCGAGUACAUGGAGCAGCUGGCGGCCGCCGGCUUCCCGCCCGUGGGCUUGGGCGCCGCCUCCAUGAUGCCGGCGCUGAUGGCGCAGGGCGGACAGCAGCAGCGCGGGAUGCCGCAGCAACAGCAGCAGCAACAGGCGCCGCCGCAGCGGAGUAUCACGCUCGGCACCGGACGACCCGGAUUGCCGGGUGAGGAGUCGGAGCGGGAGAACGCCAGCCGGGACCGUAUGCAGACGCUGGCGGCCAACCGCGGCCUGUUGCGGGAGAGCGAGAAGCGCGGUAAACCGGAGGUGAUCACCAUCGACGAGACAAGAAGAGACCAGACGUCGCCGGGCGCCGGUCAGGAUAUGAAGUUCUACCCGGCGGCCGGGCACCACGCUCUGAUGAAGGGCGGGCAGGAGGGCCAGUCGGCGCCCCACAAGGGCGGCCGCGGCGGCGCCGAGCCCAAUCCCAAUCUGACGGCGGGGAGCCUGAUUGACGUGAUUAUCACGCGGCAGAUCGGCACGCGGCCGGGUCAGCAGCCGCCCGGGCCCGAGCAGAACGCGGCCAAUUCCCUCUCCGUAGUGGCAGGCGGCAACGCCCACCUACAGCACCCCCUGCCCACCGCCGCCCACCAGCACCCGCACAUGAGCAGCGGCAGCAGCAGCCGCAAACAACAACAGCGCCGCGACGAAGAAGCAUUAGCCGCGUUACACAACAAGCCCUUCACCCUGGGCGAGCACAUUGAGCAGAUCAUCGCCAACGACUUCUCCCGCAAGGACGCCCCCGGCCCGCCGCCCCCCAUGGAGCUGUCCGGGCGGGCGCCCCAUGGGCGUGGCCAGUCCCCUGCAGCCGCUGUCCGUCAGUCCGCUGCCCAUGGGGCUGGGGAUGGGGCUGGGGCCCGUGGUGUCGCUGUACCAGCCGUACUCCCCGGCCAACUGGAAGCGGCGGAUGCGGAUGGACGAGGGGGACAGUCCGCCGCCGCUGGCCCCGCCCCCGCCGCCCCCGGGGCCGAGUAAGGUCGUGGCGACUAUGGUGGAGUAUGAGCCUAUCUCGCCGGCGGAGAAGGAGGAGAAUUCCGAUGAGGAGGAGGAUGUUUGAAGCGCGGAAGAUGAUUUUUCUCCGGAAUUUUGAUUAUUUCGACGAGGAAAAUUGUGGAAAAAUUCCGACGAGGAAAAUUGCGGGAAAAAAAUUAAUUCCGGAUGAGGAAGAUUAUUUUCAAAUGGAUUUCUUCUUAUUCUGAUGAGGAAAAUUAUGUCUGGACGCGGAAUUUAAUUAUUCCGACUGGGAAAAUGAUUUUCUGGAUGGAUUUCUGUUAUUUUGAAGAGGAUGACGAUUUUUGAAUGGAUUUUGAAAAUUCUAAUGAGGAUUUUGAAUGGUUCUGAUGUCGGGAGGUUGCGGGAUUUUUAAAUGGGUGUCUCGGUGAAUUCGGGGGGCGGGGUUCUUCUUCAAAAGGGGGGCUGGGUGUUUUUUGAAUGGUUUUUUUGUUGUUGCGGUUGUCUCUGGUUUUCUCGCGAUUUUAAUCCGAUUUUAGCAUGGGCGUUAUUUAUGUUUAAUGGUGAGAAAUUCAGGGGAAUUGGUGUGUCUGUUUGUGUAUGAGUUUGUCUGCGGGGAAUUGUGUAGAUAAAGCUUCUAAUUAAUUCCUCGCGUUCGGCUGAUGCGGUGAAUGACGAUUGGAAUUAAUCCAGUUAUUCUCCAAA